GACGCCUCGUAAGCGUGCAGUGUUUAAAACAUGGAUACCGGAAGUAGUAGGAAGAGACAGCGCGAGAUGGAAUCGGACUCGUCGGGCCUAUCCGGAGAGGAAGAGGAGCAAGACGAGGUGGAGGAGGAGGAGGAGGAUGACGACGAAGACUAUGUGCCCUACGUGCCCGUUAAGGAGCGCAAGCAGCAGAUGCUGCAAAAGCGACUACAGAUGCGCCGCAAGGGGGCAUUGGAGGAAGAACAAAGGGACAGUGGCAGCGAAUAUCAUGGAGAUGAAGAUGACAUUCCUCUGGGUCCACAAUCAAAUGUCAGCCUUCUGGACCAGCACCAGCAUCUCAAGGAAAAGGCAGAAGCACGAAAAGAGUCAGCUAAAGAGAAGCAGCUGAAGGAAGAAGAGAAGAUCUUGGAGAGUGUGGCGGAAGGGCGGGCGCUGAUGUCUGUGAAGGAAAUGGCAAAGGGCAUCACAUACGAUGAUCCUAUUAAAACCAGCUGGAAGGCUCCCCGAUAUAUCCUGGGUAUGUCAGAAGCACGACACGAUCGUGUGCGUAAGAAAUACCACAUCCUGGUGGAGGGAGAAGGCAUUCCACCCCCACUCAAGAGCUUUAAAGAAAUGAAAUUCCCACCAGCAAUCCUGCGAGGCCUCAAGAAAAAGGGGAUCCAGCAGCCAACCCCCAUCCAGAUCCAGGGUAUCCCCACUAUUCUUUCUGGCAGAGACAUGAUCGGCAUUGCAUUCACUGGCUCUGGCAAGACUCUGGUGUUUACCCUCCCUGUUAUCAUGUUCUGUCUGGAGCAGGAGAAGAGGCUGCCAUUCUCAAAGAGAGAAGGGCCUUAUGGGCUUAUCAUCUGUCCCUCAAGGGAAUUGGCUCGCCAGACUCAUGGUAUCCUGGAGUACUACUGUCGGCUGCUGCAUGAGGAUGGGAUGCCUGCCCUGCGCUGUGCCCUGUGCAUUGGAGGCAUGUCUGUCAAGGAGCAGAUGGAGACCAUCAAACACGGUGUUCACAUGAUGGUGGCAACACCAGGUCGCCUGAUGGAUCUCUUGCAAAAGAAAAUGGUCAGCCUGGAUGUCUGCCGUUACCUGGCCCUGGAUGAAGCUGACAGGAUGAUUGACAUGGGCUUUGAAGGAGAUAUCCGUACCAUCUUCUCCUACUUCAAGGGUCAGAGACAGACUCUUCUCUUCAGUGCCACCAUGCCCAAGAAGAUCCAGAAUUUUGCCAAGAGUGCCCUUGUGAAGCCUAUCACAAUCAACGUGGGGCGGGCAGGAGCUGCCAGCUUGGAUGUCAUACAGGAAGUAGAGUAUGUGAAGGAGGAGGCCAAGAUGGUGUACCUGCUUGAGUGUCUACAAAAGACCCCACCACCAGUUCUGAUCUUUGCUGAGAAGAAAGCUGAUGUAGAUGCAAUCCAUGAAUACUUACUACUGAAAGGAGUGGAAGCUGUGGCCAUACAUGGUGGCAAAGACCAAGAGGAAAGGACUAAGGCCAUUGAGGCCUUCCGGGAUGGCAAGAAGGAUGUUCUGGUUGCCACUGAUGUUGCCUCCAAAGGCUUGGAUUUUCCAGCCAUCCAGCACGUCAUCAACUACGACAUGCCUGAGGAGAUUGAAAAUUAUGUUCAUCGAAUUGGAAGAACAGGCCGCUCUGGAAAUACUGGCAUUGCCACUACCUUCAUCAACAAAGCCUGUGAUGAAUCUGUGCUUAUGGACCUGAAGGCACUGCUCCUGGAGGCCAAGCAAAAGGUUCCACCUGUGCUGCAGGUGCUGCAUUGUGGAGAUGAAUCCAUGUUGGAUAUUGGAGGAGAGCGGGGCUGUGCCUUCUGUGGGGGCUUGGGCCAUCGUAUCACAGACUGCCCCAAGCUGGAAGCCAUGCAGACCAAGCAAGUCAGCAACAUUGGACGCAAGGAUUACCUGGCACACAGCUCCAUGGACUUCUGAGUGUUCUUUCCUUUGGUCAGCCACAGCCAAACAGAAGAACUUCCUUAUUCUUGGAUGGGCAACUUUGCUCGAAUUCCCCAUCUGGCGUAGCUUACUAGGGAGGAGGUUGCCAGUUGGAGUGGGAAAGGUCAUGAUGGGACCUCCUCCUUUUUGUAAGCAGUUCCUGAUUCUGUGUUGAGAUUAAGUGCAGGGCGCAAUCAUCGUCCUGUGUCUCAAGUCCAUAGGUCACAAAUGGCACCACUGGGUGCUGUGUUUUACUAUUCUGCAGCGUUUUGCUUUGGCCACACCUGGUGGUAGGUAUAUAUGAGCAGGUGUUGUCCUAUUCUCUUUUCACAACUUUCAUCUUCCUAAACUGUUUAGCACCCUUAUCCAGAAAACAACAGGAGAAUGCUGCAAUAGCCUGUCACAUCAGUGACUGUUGUCACGUUGGCAUUGUGCAAGCAUUGUGCCCCUUACCAAGUGACCAUGACAUGGAGGAAGGGAGGCAGGGUCUGAGUGAGUAGACUUCUGCUUUAUUAUCUGACGCCAACAGCAGUUUCGUAAGUUUACGUACACUUUCUCUACUGAGAAAUGUAGCCCUUCUCUUCAUGGCACCACCUGGCUGUUUUCUGCCACCGUUUCUGUGUGUUCUGUGGCCCCCUCUCUGUUGCUCGUUAUGUAAAAAAAGGAAGACUUGCUCAGUAAGUCUCCUGGGAGUGAGCGUCUCCUGGGACUCUUCAGCCUGCAAUGGCUCCCUUUUUACACGAAGGCCCACAAAGAGGAAGUUAGCAGAGGGAGGAAGUCACCAGUGCUAUCAUAUAUACUGACUCAUCCCUGUGGCAGCCACAACAGCUUGCUGUCUGCAGCAGCCUCUGCUUCUUUGGGCUGCUGCCUGUUGGGAGCCUGCCCCAUGGAGUGUCCUGUGAAGGAUGGGAUCCUAUAUGUCCAACAUCUCAAAUUUGGAAAGGUAAAUAGGGGUGUGUGGAGGGUGGGGAAGGAAUGUCAGUAAGAAAUCCAGUGGCUUUGGUGAGUCUCUUCAUAUUCAGGAGAGUAGUAUCUUUAUAGUAUCCUAGUUCUAACAAAUAUGUGUUUAUGGUUUUAGCAUAUGAGUCGCAGUUGGAGCCGAUAGAAGCAGUCAUGGUUUUGUGUUUGUUUUCCACCCACCCCUUUUUUCAGAUGACUGGAUUUUUGUUUGUUUGCAACCAAACAUUCUGUAAUCAUCGACCAUAAAUAAAGCAGUAACAUAUUAAAAUGA